AUGCCAGAUACCACACAGACAAUCAAUUCCAUAGAUAAAGAAUCCGUUCACCGAAUUACCUCUGGCCAAGUUGUUGUCGACCUAGCGACUGCUGUGAAAGAGUUGGUUGAGAAUAGCCUGGAUGCAGGCGCGUCGAAUAUAGGCAAAUUCAAGGACCAAGGUCUUACAAGCUUCGAAGUAAUCGAUGAUGGGAGUGGCAUCGACAAAGCCAAUUAUGCUGCCGUGGCGCGAAAACAUCACACCUCCAAAAUCUCACAAUUAGACGAUCUCUUGUCCGUUCAAACAUUCGGGUUCCGCGGCGAGGCACUGGCCAGCCUGUGUGCGUUAUGUCAGCAAGUAACAAUUACUACUGCAACAGCAGAGGAAGCUCCCAUGGGUACCGUCCUUCAGUUUGCGAAAAGUGGCGAACUGGAAAAUUCGUCCAAGAAGGUUGCUCGUCAGCGUGGCACAACAGUCCUCGUUGAAAAGCUAUUUGCCCCUCUUCCCGUCCGUAGGCGUGAGCUCGAACGAAUGAUCAAACGAGACUUUGGUCGUGCUCUUCAAUUACUACAAGCUUACGCACUUGUUCCUUCCGUUGGUGGCGCGUGGAUGGGCUCGACACGAGCACCGAGGGGUGUAAGGCUAACAGUCAGCAACCAAUCAGGCAAGGGACCCCGCCAGAAUCAGGUUCAAUCAGCCCCGCUGGUACAGCCUGAUGCGAAUGUUGACCCGGUUCAACGCCUACGGGCCAGUGUAUCUCAGGUAUGGGGACCGAAGACGCUGGAUCACUUUGUUCCUUUAGAACUCGAAUUUACUGUUCCACCCGAGAAAUCUAUCGUAAAAAAGAUUGGGAAGAAAGGCGAAGGAAUGAGUGAUGAGCUGCACGUUCGGGUUCGGGGGCUUAUUUCCAAGUUUGCUCACAUGUCGGGGCGGCUAACCAGCGAAAGACAAUUCUUUUAUUUAAAUGGAAGACCUUUCGAACCUAAACAGAUCCAAAAGGCGUUUAAUGAGAUCUACAAAUCCUUCAAUCCGACGCAAAUGCCAAUGAUUGUUGUUGACUUCCAGUUACCCAGUGAGACAUUUGAUAUUAAUGUUAGCCCUGAUAAACGCAUGAUUAUGUUGCACAACGAAGCCGGCUUGAUUGCUUCUCUAAAGACUGCUAUAGAGGCAGCCUUUUCAGACGCUCGCUCAACCUACGAGGUUAACGACGGAAAAUUAUCUAAAAACAAUUCAAAUGAGAUUAAGGAGGACGAUACUACACAAACCAGACUGACACCUCAAAUCCUCGCCCCCAAUCCUCCCCGACCAAACAAGAAAAUUCGUCUCGCAUCACCAGAAACUGACCCCAAGGAUGGAAUUUCAGUACCGAAAGGCUCCACCCCAGCCCCGCUGAAGACGCCCAAUCAACUUUUUCGACCCGAAUCACCUACGGAGAUAUGGUCUCCCUCUCCCGCUCGUCCUCCAUUAGCCCCUUCUGUUCCAGUUGAAACCAUGCCUACAAGCGCAUAUUCGUCGCCUGCGAAAUCGGUACAAGCUAUUCUUUCGACAUCAACAGCAUCAUGGAGGCAUCGAACAGGUGCUUCUUCAUCGUCUCAAUUUCAUUCUUCCGACCUUCCACCCUCUACGCCUCCUCGCUCUGGACAAUCAGCGCCCCCCGAUUCUCCCCCUUCAAGUGAUCCUGCCCCUGUCUCAACAAAGAAUCAACCAGCUGGAAAGGUGUUGAAAAAGACGGGGGCAGCUGCAAGGAGCGCACUUCGGGAGCGGUUGGCUGGAAUGGCCUUGCCAGGAAGUCAGCCUGUCGCCCAAGAAAUAAUUGUAUCAGAGGAAGAGGAUGAAAUCGUUGAGAACGAAGCGCCCGCUGUCUCUAAUGAUGGUGUGGCUUCUGCGCGUCACGAAGAUGCUUUGGAUUCCUUCCUUGAAAAAGACCCAGAAAUCAUUGAAAUUAACACCACUCCCAAGACUCCAGUCGCAGCAGCUCGCACGCCCAAGAAGCCUCGUCAGCGUCACCCCACGCCUGAGCCGGACGCUAGAGGCACCGAAUUUGUGAAGACAGGGCAGAGUCGAUCUGCUCGAUGUAGCGUAGACAUUGAAAGGCUUAGAAAACUAUAUAAGAACAGAAUUCAGCAAACGUCUUCUAGUAGCUCCGCACCGGAUUCAUCCUCAACGCUCAAAACGGACUGGGAGAACGAUAACAGUGCGCAGACUGAACAACAACUUUCCCGAAUUAUUCAGAAACAAGACUUUUUAUCUAUGGAUAUCUUGGGGCAAUUCAACCUUGGUUUCAUUAUUGUUCGAUUAAGAAAAAAGACACCUGAUGGCAGUCUCUUAGACGACCUUUUUAUCGUUGAUCAGCAUGCAGCAGACGAGAAGUUCAACUUUGAGCGCUUGCAACGCACAACCAAGAUUCAAUCUCAGAGACUUAUAAGGCUAAUACUGGAACUGAGCAUUGUAGACGAGCUAAUUGCGAUUGACAAUAUGGAUGUACUUAACAAGAACGGGUUUGUGAUUCAAGUAGACAAGGAAGCAGUGGAGGGUGAGCGGCCUAAAGUCCGACUUGUCGCUCAACCAAUGAGCAAGGGUACGAUGUUCGAUAUGAAAGACCUCGAAGAAAUCUUGCAUAAAAUGAAAGAGGGGAAUCCGAGCGAAACCGUACGAUGUUCCAAAGCUCGUGCGAUGUUUGCUAUGCGCGCCUGUCGCAGCUCCAUAAUGAUAGGAACGGCGCUAAAACAUCGACAUAUGACUAACAUGGUCCGGAACCUAGCUGGCAUGGACCAGCCCUGGAACUGCCCUCAUGGGCGGCCAACUAUGCGGCAUUUAUGUAACUUGCGGACAUAUCAAAGAGGAUCGAGCUCAGAAUUUGACUGGAAAUCUUUUGACGCGUCGAAGCUAUAA